AUGAGCCCCGAACGAGAUGACAAUGUCGAGGGCGCCGAUGACAUGCACUACCCGUCCCCAGGUGCAGAACCCAUGGAUGCCGGACCGUUUUAUCAGCCGACGGGGCGCGAUGACCAGCAGCCAGAUGGCAUGGAGGACCAACAACAACAGCACCAGCAGCCGGAGGACCAGCAGCAACAAGCCGACCACAUCCCCGAACACCAGCAGCAUGACGGAGGCGGUGUCGCGGAAGAUGGCCUGGCAGACCACACUGCGCUGAAGCAGGACGGGACGACGGAGCUUCAUCACCACGACCAGCAGCCGGAGCCGUCGACGCCGCAGCAGCAGCAGAGUACGCGCCCCGCCAACAUCGAAGAGCUCCAGCUGGCGGCGCAGCUGGGACAGGGCCUCACGGGGACGCCCAUGAUACCGCCGUCGGACGCCAACAUGAGCGUUGACGAGUCGAGCCUCCGCAACAUCAUGCCGCACCCAGAUCCCGACCAGCAGCACCAGCAGCACCAGCAGACGCCGGCGUAUGGCAUCCACGACACGCCCACGUCCGAAUCCAUCAUCACCCACGGGCUGCAGGUCGCUCAGCUCCCCCCCCACUACAGUCUGGGCGACAACAUCCCGCCGCGGAAGCGGUCCAAGGUGUCGCGCGCCUGCGACGAGUGUCGCCGUAAGAAGAUCAAGUGUGACGCGCAGACCGACACGGGCGACGCGCCUUGCUCAAGCUGCUCCCGCUCCAACAUUCGCUGCCUUUUCAGCAGGGUGCCGCAGAAGCGAGGUCCUAGCAAGGGAUACAUCAAAGAACUGGCCGAUCGUAUUCACAGCAUCGAGAACAAGCUCGACACGGAGGGCGGUCUCACCCAGGAGGAUCUGAGCGGACUGUUCGGUGACCGUCAGCCGCGUCACAGCAACGUCGGCGAUGACCUGGGUAGGAAACGGCACUACUCUAGCAUCUCGGGCGGCGAGAUAGAGUCACCCAUGUCUGCACGCCAGACCCCCUGGGCGCCAGACUCCGCACGGCCGCUGCACUCACAGGACGGUCAACCCGCCACGCCGUUUGACAGCUCAUCGCUCGCGCCUCAGCCCAUUGCCCCCAGGCUGGACGAGACGCUGAAGACGGCGAUGGCACCUAUGGAUGCGCCGAUGGAGGCUACUAUCGACGACGUGAUAGAUGUGGACGAAGGUGUUCUGCAAGACUACCUCGCCACCCUGCAAGGAUUGUACCCCAUCCUGCCCCACAGCCAAGCUCGUCUGGAGAGCCUCCUGGCCGCAUGUAACCCGCUGGUGAAGACGGCGUUUGCCAACGCCCUGCUGGCCGUGGCGCAGUCGUCGUCGGGCAAUGUCAAGCUGGCCAACUUCCUCCUGAGCAGCUGGGAGAGCAGCGACUCGCCGCCGUCACAGGCCACCAAUAUCGUGCACGCGCAGGCACUGCUGCUGCUCCUCAUCGAUGCCGACUGGCGAGGGUCGUCGUCGACGCUCCCCUCGCUGCUGGGCCGUGCCGUCUCGCUGGCGAACACGAUGAGGCUCUGGCGGUACACGGCCCCGCAGCCCGGGUCGGACGCAGACUCGGACGAGAACCUCGGCAUCCGCAUCUGGUGGUCGCUCGUGCUGAUGGACCGAUGGCACGCCGUGGGGACGGGGAGCCCUGUCCUGAUCCCCGACAGCAGCGUCGUCAUGCCUCCUGAUCUGGACACGAUCCUGGGCGAGACGUGCAGCCGUCUUCUGCGUCUAUCCAAGGUACAGAGCAAGAUCUCGCAGGUCGUAGCCACCCUGCCGGCGGACGCUACGACGGCCGACCCGCUCGUGGCGCGCAUGAUGGCCGACUACGUCGAGAACUUCCGCGAGGACCAACCCGCGCACGUGACGCCGGAGACGCACCCGCUGGUGCACCUGGGCUUCUGGCACUGCCGGAUCCUGGUGGCCCUGCUGACGUCGGGCCUGCACUGGACCGAGCUCAUGGCCCCCACGCGCGAGCUCGUCAACCUCCUGUCGGCCGACGCCGACAUGCGAAGCCCGCUGACCAACCAUUUCGGCUUCCUGGUCGCGCUGGCCCUCUCGUGGCUCUCGCGCAACGAGGGUUCGCGCGACGAGGCCCUCCAGCUCAUGAGGGACCUCCUCGAGCGGCCCGGAGGCGUGUGGGAUUCCAUCAGGGACAGGCUGGCCGACCAGGCCUCGAGGCCAGCGCCGCUGACGGGUGACGCCGCCAGCCUCCAGCACCUGGCUGACCUGGCUACGACGGGGCAGAAGGAGGGUGCCGAGAAUGCCGGGGCGACGGGCAAGAUGGCCUAUCCCUCACUCAUCCAGGGAUAUCUGACCAUUCCCUAG